AGCACGCUGUCUUCCUAAUGCACUGCCUGUGCGUGUGGUAAAACACACAACACGGCCUAUCGAGUGUUUGUGUAUAACACACACGUGUAGUGUAUUCACUGUAACGUGCACUGACUGCCUAACCUGCAUACUAUAGUAUAUACACGAGUGUCCUGAGCAUACACUGUGUGUGUGUAUAUACAUCUAACACAGGCAGCCCUCACAUCCGACAUAGCUUCAAUGUAAGGUAUUGCAGUCCUCGGUACAUGGUGUGGAGACCUACUGCAACAAUGAAUUACAGGAAGGAGAUGAUGCGCCGAACAGUCCCAGGACAAUUCGAUGAUGCAGACUCCUCAGACAGUGAAUUGACCCAGGGCACGGAAACAGUUAAACAGGAGGAGGUAACAGUUAAACAUCAGCAGUCAUGUUUGUCUGAGGAAGUGGACACUGAUGAAAUUGAAUAUGACGAUGAUGAUGAGGAUGAAGAGUGGGACUGGGAUGAUUCAGCUGGAAGACUCAAGCGUCAUACUGCAGCUGGAGGCUGCAACCCACAGGCAAAUAGACAGACCCCUAGUUGCAAUUCAGCAAAAAUGUCCACUCCUACAGACAAGGCCCUAAGAAAAUUUGAGCAUAAAAUUAAUCUAGAUAGGUUAAAUCUUGCUGACUCUGUUAUAAACAAAGUCACAGAAAAGUCUAGGCAAAAGGAAGCAGAUAUGUAUCGAGUCAAAGAUAAAUCUGAUAGAGCAACAGUGGAACAAGUAUUGGAUCCAAGAACACGAAUGAUCCUGUUCAAGAUGCUAACUAGAGGUGUCAUAUCAGAGAUAAAUGGCUGCAUCAGCACAGGAAAAGAAGCUAAUGUCUAUCACGCCAGUACAGUGAAUGGAGAGAACAGAGCAAUAAAGAUUUAUAAAACCUCUAUUUUGAUGUUUAAAGAUCGGGAUAAGUAUGUGAGUGGGGAAUUUAGAUUUCGUCAUGGAUAUUGUAAAGGAAACCCGCGGAAAAUGGUGAAGACAUGGGCAGAAAAAGAGAUGAGGAAUUUAAUAAGGUUGAAUACAGCACAAAUACCUUGCCCAGAGCCAAUUAUGCUAAGAAGUCAUGUACUUGUCAUGAGUUUUAUUGGUAAAGAUGACAUGCCUGCUCCUCUAUUGAAAAAUGCUCAGUUAUCUGACUCAAAAGCCCGGGAGUUGUAUCUACAGAUCAUACAGUACAUGAGAAGAAUGUAUCAGGACGCCAAACUUGUUCAUGCAGAUCUCAGCGAAUUUAAUAUGCUAUACCACAGUGGAGAGGUGUACAUCAUUGAUGUGUCUCAGUCGGUGGAGCAUGACCACCCACAUGCAUUAGAAUUCCUGCGGAAGGACUGUGCCAAUAUCAAUGACUUUUUCUGGAAGUAUGGUGUUGCGGUGAUGACUGUCAGAGAGCUCUUUGAGUUUAUUACAGAUCCUUCUAUCACAAGCGACAACUUGGAUGCUUACCUCUCAAAGGCGAUGGAAAUAGCAGCCCAAAGAACAGAGGACGAAAGGUCCAGUCAAGAUAACGUGGAUGAGGAGGUGUUUAAGAAAGCUUACAUCCCUCGAACCCUGACCGAAGUUAAAAACUACGAGAGGGAUGUAGAUGUAAUGAUGAAAUUGAAGGAAGAGGACAUGGCAUUAAAUGUGCAGCAGGAUAAUAUUCUCUACCAGACGGUGACAGGAUUGAAGAAGGACUUGUCAGGUGUUCAGAAGGUCCCCGCACUCCUUGAAAAAAAAGAAGAUGACAUGGAAUCCGAUUCAGAAGAUGGGAGCAGUUCUGAUAACUCUGACUCAGGCUGUAAAGAACAGGGAGAGCCACUGCAUCCCAAAGAUCAACCCACUGACGCUGGCAUGGACAAAAAGGAAAGGAAAAAGAUGGUUAAAGAAGCCCAAAGAGAGAAAAGAAAAAACAAAAUCCCAAAGCAUGUGAAGAAGCGAAAAGAGAAGACAGCAAAAAUGAAGAAAGGCAAAUAACAUGGCUUUGAUCUUGGGGGCAGGGUUAGCUGUUGUUGACUAUUGGUCUCCAUCAGUUAUUUUCGCUACAAAAUAUUCUAUUUAUGUAAAUAUAGAUUUCACUGUGAUGGUGGAUUGUUAACAAUCUUGAGAUUGGCUGGACGCAGCGUAUACCAUGGAUUUUUCGAUGGAGAAGAUUGACUUGUGUAAAAAUGUGCAAAGCCUUUAGCCCUCAAUGUGGGUGGCUGUUCUCCUGCUUCUCGGACUGCCAAGAAGAAGGAGCUUUUUAUGAUUCUAGCCCAACACAGAAAAAAGAGAAGCACAUACUUGUUUCUCUCUUUAAAAAACAAAGGAAAACCCCAAUAGCAGCAUGGAUGUCUAGUUAUACUUUAUCAUGGGCAUUAGUACCAUGGUCAGUGUUUUCACAUGGAGGGAAAAUACAGAUGCACAAAUCCUUAUCUAGGCGCACAUAUAAGCACCUGUGGCAAAACUGUCAAUAGCUACAAUGGAAGUAGGACUGAACCAUGAGUGAUUUUUUUUUUUCAUAGGUGCUAAAUUCCCUAAAUUGACUACAAUUCCCACUGAAGUCAAUGGGAGCGGUGAGUGAUCAGCACCUCUGAAAAUCGGGCCGCUUAUUUAGGUGCCUAAAUAUGGGUUUAGGUGCUUGACUUGAGGUACCCAAGUUUUGAAAAUGUUGGUGUAGCUAUUUAAAUGCUUCACCUUAAAACUCUUCCCCCAUCUAAGAUGCUUCUCAUACGGUUGAUGUCAAUUGGCUGCAAGCUGCUGAGAGGUGAUAGUUGUUGUUAAGCUUCUAAUAAUUCUUCUGUGUUCUGUUCCAUACCUGUUGUUUCUGGGUCUCAAUGCUCGUUGGGUGUUUCAGCGGUAAAAUUUAACAUGCAGAUGUUUCCAUUUUGAAUGAGAACAUCUGUACUGAGGUCAUCACAUAAGACUGCAGCUUCAAAUCAAUAUGGCUUUGGAUCCGCUUAUGCAAGCAGAACUUCGUUAUAUUUGUUGUCUGGGAUAUAUUUCAAAAUACAAGCCUAAUGUUUUGUGACUGGCAUACUUCUAAAAAUGGGUUUUAUUCAGAUUCUAGCAAACAGUAUAAAUCUAAAAAGCUUCAGUAUGAUGCUUAUUUAAUUAUAAGCUGCUUUUGUUCUCCCCAAUGGCUAAAGGAAUAGCACAGAUAUAAGUGGUUGGUUGUAACAAGGAUGCUAUGUAAUGUUUUUAAUCCGUACAUAAUGCUAACAAUUCAAAUGAACAAGCAGCCAUAUUUCAUUUCACUGUGAAUAAGAUCAUGAUCAUCACAUUGGUUUGACAUUUGAUCAGGUCUUAAAACUGGUAUUACUUUUUCCAUCCAGAGCUUGAUCUGCAAGGUGCCAAGUGCCCUCCGCUCCUACUUCCAUUAGAAAACGUAGGCCCUUGCUUCUCUGAGUCAAAGUGACACUAGUGAUUUUGGGUACUUAACUUGAGACACUGUAAAGGAGCCCGUUUUUUAGAAAUUGCUGAGCACCUGUCCUCUGAAAAUCAGACCCCUCUAAGACACCUCACAUGGGACACUCAAAAUCACUAGUCACUUCUGAAAAGGUAGGUCAAAAUGCAUAGUAGUAUGCAAGAGGAUUAAACAUGCAGAAUAUGAAUAGCCACAGUUACACUGGCUAGGGUAAAAAUUAAGGGAUGAUUUACCCCCAUGCUUCAGUACAUAAGCCAACCACUGGAUUUAAGAAACUUUCCCCUGUGGGCAUGUUGUUGCAUAUUAGUUGUACAUUAGUUGGUUUUUUAAAUACCUUCCUCUGCUUGCAGGCAUCCAACACUCUCCACUGUUGGAGAGAAGCGGAUAUUGGAUUUACAUGGCCUGAUGCACAACGGCAAUUGCUCUGAUACUGCAAUUCUAAACAACAUAUUUGUAUUCUUUGGUCAAGCCUUGCAAAAUUCAGCUCAUAUAUAAAGACAGUACUGGGCCAGGUAUUGGCAUGCUGCUUCUCUCACACGUUAGAUGUACGCUCUGUUUAUGUAACUGUUGCGCAGAAGCUUUGGGAGGUGGAGAUGUGCAGAUGUGUUCUCCAUGGUGAAGCCAGUAAAUCCAGUUUUGCACAUAAGGAGAUGUCGACAGGGAGGUUUUUUUGCUGCGCUGAAAUAUUUUGAUGAAAGAGUGCAAAACUAGCUCUGACAGGCCUCUGUUGUACUUGCAUCAGUCACUCAUUCAAGAGUUACACCUAAGAUACUGCAAGAUACGGUCUCUGAGAAGCAAAAGCCCGCACUUUCCAAAACCCCUUGGCCUACCCUGUAAUUUUUCAGCCACAAUCAAUUGAAUUCAUUCACAUGCAUGUGCAAAGGGUAGAUGUGGACCUCUAUCUAUCUGAUUUGUAGGUACAUUGGUGGUAGAAAUGAAGUUCUGUCAUUUGUACAUGCAAAAUUGAUUGUGGAUGUGAAAUACGGUGCAGAGUGCAGCUGACUUCCCCUUCCCUGCCCAUUCCUGAUCAGCAGAGCAUGAACCUUACAGGGCAGCUGCAGAGAGGAUUUAAUAGUAACAGAAAAAAGGAAAGCAUGCUAGGGAGUCCACAUUCCUAUCUUCCACCCCCACCCCUUGUCUCACUCCCCUCUGCUCAGAAAUGGGAAGGAAGGAAUGAAGAAUCAGGCCCUUAGUUGCUUCGAUGUAAUAGUGAUGGGGGCUCAUAAAGUACUUAGAUUAUUAUUUUUUUUGUAAUCGAUUAAAAGAAAAUUGAUACCAUGAUAAAUAGUUCAGUAUAUAUUUUAAAAAGUAAAACAAAGGAUCCAUGUACUGUUAACUUCUUGGGGUGUUUUGCUUGGUUAAAAUUAAUAAAUGUAUAACAUUUUUUCCUGAAA